GGGGUGGCUGGCGGGGGCGACGCCGCCCCGUCCCGGGGCGGGCUUGAUCGAGGGGAAGAUGUGUUGGGGGGGCCGCUGCUGAGGGAGCCCCUGGCCGGGAGCGAUUCACCUCUCGGCCUGGCAGGGGUGCGGCGGGCGGACCCCGGCUGAAGGGCUCUUGUUACCCUCACGUCGGGGAAGUAAAACCGAGUGAGGUUUCAUGAAUCAGACUGGGCUUUUAGGAGUUUCUUCUGAAGAUGUACAUGUUGAUUGAAAACCGCACGAGUUCCCAUCUUCAUCUGAAGAGGUCACCUGGCAUCCGAUCAUGGUCUCUCUUUGUUGGAAUAGCCUCUAUUGGUUUGGCUGCUGCUUAUUAUAGUGCAGACAGCUUGGCAUGGAAGCUCUUCUAUAUGGCCGGGUGUUUCUUUGUGGCAGCACAGAAUCUGGAGCAGUGGGAGGAAGCUGUAUUUGAUAAGAACAAGGGAACAGUCUGCCUAAAAACAUUCAGCCUUUACAAAAAAAUACUGACCUUCUCAAAAGGAGGCAAUGAACAAGUUGUGGCUCUACUGAAUGAGAUCCGAGAUGUGAAUGUGGAAGAGGAGACUGUGCGCUACUUUGGGAAGGGUUACCUGGUUGUGCUACGAUUUGUCACUGGAUUUUCCCACCCACUGACUCAGAGUGCAGUGCUGGGCUGUAGAAGUGAUGUGGAAGCAGUUGCCAAACUCAUUACUAGUUUUCUGGAACUGGACAGAGUAGAGAGCCAACAAGAUCUCUCUCAGAGCAGCGAAACAGAGGCUAGUGAUGCAGAUGAACCACAGGAUAAAUAUUAAUAGUCAUCAUGAGCUGAAGAAAGCGGAGUCUUUCAAACAUCUGGAAAAUACACUGAUUUUUGUUUGGCGAAAGAAAUCCCUUACAAUCUUGACCUGGGCAUUUCUCUACAUGUGCACUUACAAUGGGAAGAAUUUCUCUUAGGGCAUCUUUUCUAGUGCUAAACUGCUUCAGGGUCCGUGCUCCCCGUAUUGCUGCUGUAGAGUCCAAACCAAUUUCUGCUUUAUUUGCUCCUUUGCCUUAGUUCCUGUAUGUGGACACUGCCAGCUUUUGAACUUUGUCAGCUCGUCAAACUUCUCUAGGAAUAGUUAUUUAUUAAUUAAUCGGUUUGAAAUCAUUUAAUGCUUUCCAAUAAAUGAAGUGGAGAUACAGAUGUAAACUGCCACUUACUGCGAACAUCUGCUGCAGGUACAGUAUAUGAAAUGUAGAAGAGCUGAAUUUGUAACUCAUAACACAAUGCUUUGAGGCUUUUCUUGAAGUGUUAUAAAUGACUGAAUAUAUUGCUAAAUUGGUUUUAAGCAGCUUGAUAUAUGCAAUUAGGUGAUGCAGAAUAGUGGCGUUUUUAUAUUUUCUACUACCGACUUGCCAUUAGAUACUAGUGGAAAUUAAAGAUUGAGUGACUGUCUGGGAAUUGAAAACAUCAGGUUGAUGAUUCAACAUCUUUGGAAUAUUCUAGCUUAAUCCUGCUCUACUUAACUUUUGGGUAUAGACUACCCCAAAAUAGAAUAACCUUUUUCUAGACCUCAACAUUUACUAUUUUAACUGUGUAUUUAGAAAUGAAGAAAAGCACAUCUGUUACUUUAGGUAGGGGGAAGGCUGAUGUCAAACAAUGUGGUAGCCUAGAUUUGUUGAGUAUUUCCUCAUCUGAAAUGAUACUGAAGUGCUAAAUAAUAAUAUUUUUAAGAUAGCUGGGAUAGAUUUGACUUGUACCCAUGUUUUACUCCAGGUGCAUAGUGUCCGCUGUUCUGACUAAGGGUUUCAGAAAUAGUUAAAAUAUUAAUUUUCCAAGAUAUUUUUUAUGGAAAAGCUACCUCUGUUAGUCAAUAUGUUCUAUUUGGAAUUAAAACUUCAUCAUGCCUGUAUCAACAUGUCAGUACAAGAGAAAAGUUGUAAAGAAGUGAAAGUUCCUUCAACAUGCUAAAACUGCUUGUAUUAAAGUUUGCUAGGUUUUAUUUAGGAAUUGUGUGGUUUUAAGGCCUGAAUUAGAAAGUACUGACACAGUUACUUCUGGGAGAUCUGACUGGGGUACAAGGUAACUGUGUGGUCUGCUUUUACCUUUGGCCAGCAGCAAAUGUCUUCUGGCAGCAGUUUCUUCAGGACUUAAAGGAACUUGCAUUCUUGUUUCAAAGCAUUCUACCUCUAUAGAAAGACAGCUAUGGAAAGAUUUCAGCAGAAGGUACGUUCUGUUGUGUAUUCUGUCUAUAUCUGAAACUAAGCAUGUGUUUAUCUGACCAAAGAACAGGCUGUACCAAGAUUUCACUUGAGCUGUGAGACAAAGGUGCUUUUACUGUCAGUUCGAAAGGGUAAUCAAGCUGUAACAGGGAGACAGCUGUUGAUGCAGCUUGGCUGCAGCACAGAAGUGGGUUUAUUUCUAUUAAAUAAGUAAAGAAACUUGUCAUUGCAUCAGGUUCCACAGCAGACCUCUGCCAAUAGUCAUGCUUGUGAAGUCCUCUGAGUUGGUGGGCUAAUCGUGUGGCUUUCAAUCUCUGUCCCACAUAGCUGGAACUGGGAAGCUGCUAUGUAUGAAUGUGGGAAAAUUAGGUUGCAGGCAAUUAGCUAAAGUUGACCUUUAUUCUGAAGCACAGCUGUAAGCUAAUAAUCAUCAAACCUGCUUUAAAAAAAUACUGCAGGGUGUAAUGCUUUGGAGAGCUCUUAAUUUAAAUCCACUGUAAUAUAUACCCUAGGUGGUGCUCAUUUUAGAGAGAGGAGAAUGAGAUGGGGAAUUUGGAGAACUUCUUUUCCCCCACUGUGUAAAGUGAGAAUGUCAGGUGUUACAGGGACUUCCAGUAAGAAAUACUGAAAAAAAACAUAGUAUUUAAUGGUACAAUGAAAGCAAAAGGGCUCAACCUGCUGCUUUGUAGCCAGGAUAUUUAGAGGGAAUGCAUGGUAUGGGUCUUCAUUGCACUUAAAUUCUUAGCCCGCAGAUUUGAGCAUGGAUGAGAUGGACAAAACUACCUGCAUUCAAUCUUGGCUAUAUUGGGAUUCUUUAUUUCCACGAGGGCUAACAUUCCGUGGAAGAGACGAACCAUGCUGUGGUUUUCCAGUUAAAUCAGCUUUAGAAAGGUACAUCUGUUGAUCUAGCCCUACACUGCAUCCUGUGCUCUGCUUCUGCUUUUGUUCUUUUGUGCAUCUAGCUUGCUGUACAUUCUUGACAUUAGUAACAUAUAUUUAUGGACUAUGCAAGAAUAAAACAAUGUAAGGAAAAUUCAGAAUCCCUGGAAAGAAGAAUGACCUAACAGAUAUAACCUGAAAUACAUUCUGUGAAAUAAGUUGCAUUUUGAGUUUAUGUCCCAAUGAUGGUCUCUUUAAAGAUGUUCUGUUGUGUCCCCCUCGCACCCGAGUAUCCUCUUGGCAGUGGGCAGGAGUGGGAUGGCUGCUGGCAUGCAGUGUGUGUCUAGGAGGAGUGUUUUGACUCCUCAGCCUUUCACUUGGAACAGCUGGUGUGAUCCUUUCUUCUCCUUUCCAUUUUCCACUUAGCAGCCCAGUCGCCAUACAGACUAGUACAGUUUCAGAUGGGAACACGAGUUCCCUAAGACUGAGCUAACAUGAAGGGGGACGGAGUAAAUUCUUCAAAUGCUGUGGGUUCUGCCUGUGGGCUGUAUGUCAUGCACUGCCAGCUGGUACGGACAACAGGGAGCCUUGUGAUGCUGACCUACAGUGCAGGUAAAGGAUGUUUGAACUUGGCAGUUGGAUGCUGCACGUGAAUGUGUAUUACAAGCUGAUGUAUAUAUCUCCUGAUCUAGGUUUUGAGACUCCUGUCUUCAAAAACUGUUGUGUCUUUUGUACUUGGAAGACAUAGCCAAAUUUUCAUGUUUUGCAGUAACCGUGCAUGGAAAAUGAACUCGCAAAUUGUUGUUAAUGUGGAUUUGGUUCUGCCAAUGUCUGUGGACUCCUCGGCAAUGUGAUGCAGCUUGAAGGAACUGUCUAGAACAGCAGGUGCUAACUCCAGACAGGUUCUGUUCUCUUGCCACUAGUCCUCUCUCUGAUCUUCUUUUCCUGUCCCUUUUCACCAUUUUGCUGAAGGCUUUGGAUGGUUUUCCUCACUUCUCUCAGGCCUAGCAUACUGAAAGGCCCAGUAAACGUAGCCUUGUGUGUGCCUCGUGUAAAGUGGCUUGUACUAAAAGGAAUCAUGUGAAAAACUAGUUUUGGUUAGGAAAGUAGGUAAUCUGAGAAGAGUAUUACAGAUGUAUUCAUGCAGGUUUUUGCAUCUCAGGAUGUCUAGCAGCUUGAGGCUAGACAGCUCUAAUUUGACUUUUAAAUGAUUUGAAAACCUGCAUAAAAGAUGUUAAUUUAGAUCUAACCUCCUACUCCAUAAAGCCAACACUUUCUAUUAUGUCCUUUAGUACAGCUGUAUUCUAAGCGCCAUUUGGCAGAUGCUUCAGCUUAAACUUGAGUAGCACAUCUGACCUUGCACGUAUGGGGUUGGAUGGGAUCACGGCCUUAGCUGUCAAAGGGAGAAAGUUGCAUCAUCUAAACUAUGAUCUAAUAUUCUGAUAUUUCACAAAAUGAGAUACUCCUGUAACCAGGAUCAACUGGGCAAGCCUCAAAGAAAAAUCCAAAUAUUUAUACCAUAAAGCUGAGAUCUGACUCUUGUGCUGUAUUUAUGAAGCUACAUAGAUAUCAAAGCCUAAGCUGGCUUACAUAGUAAAGUGCACUAGUUCUGAUACUGUACUUAGAUUGCUGUGAGGCAAAAAUAAUUCUGGAAAAUGUUUAGAAAUUGCUUUUCUACUUUAAAACUGCAAGUAGGUUUUCAGCAAGGCCUUGUAUGUUGUCAAUUUAAAUAAGAGGUCCAUUGAUAAAAUCAACUUUGAUAAA